AUGAGAAGAAACAGAAACACAUCGCUAGACACUGUAGUGACAGAUUUCAUUCUCCUUGGCUUGGCUCACCCUCCAAAUCUAAGAACCUUCCUCUUCCUGGUCUUCUUCCUCAUUUACAUCCUGACACAGCUGGGAAACCUGCUCAUUCUGCUCACUGUGUGGGCUGACCCCAAGUUGCACGCCCGUCCUAUGUACAUUCUUCUAGGUGUGCUCUCAUUCCUGGACAUGUGGCUGUCCUCUGUCAUCGUUCCUCGACUUAUUUUAAAUUUCACUCCUGCCAGCAAGGCUAUCCCAUUUGGUGGCUGUGUAGCUCAACUCUAUUUUUUCCACUUCCUAGGCAGCACUCAGUGCUUCCUCUACACUUUGAUGGCCUAUGACAGGUACCUGGCAAUAUGCCAGCCUCUUCGCUACCCUGUGCUCAUGAAUGGAAAGUUAUGCACAAUCUUAGUGGCUGGA